CCGGUGCGGACCGAGGGCAGCAACUUUCCCCGAGCGCAGGCCCUGCGCUGCGCCCCAGCGCGCCGUCUGCCCGGGUGAGGGACGCUUCCUCCGCGCCGCCUGUCCGGGCGGCUCUAGCUCCGAGCCCAGAGACUCCCGUGGGCCCCCAGUGACCCGCCCGCUUCGCUCCGCUGUGGCCCUCUCUUCGGGGGUCCUGCCCCCCUCACUCCCAGCAGUGUCCGCGGGCGCAAUGGAGCGCGCGGCCGGUCCUCUCCGAAAUGCCUUCUCCGAUCGGGUUCUCGAAAGCAAAGCCCCGGGGGCCCCCCUCGACUGUGGCGUGCCCGGCCACGAUCAGCGCGCCGAGCCCAGGGCGCCGUGGGGGGAUCAUGCGGGGGCUCCCCAUCCGGGGCCGGUGCCGCCGCGGUGCCCAGGGGGCGCGUUCCUGCCUGCCACCCCUCACCCGGAGGAGCGGCGCGCCCUCGGGGUUCGCCCCGAACCUGCCGGCUCCGCACUUGCGGAGCUUGGACAGCCCCCGGACUCUGCCAGGUGGAUGUUGUGCGUAGCCGGAGCCAAGUUGAAGAGGGAACUCGAUGCCACCGCAACAGUACUGGCGAACCGGCAAGAUGAAAGCGAACAGUCCAGAAAGCGACUUAUCGAGCAGAGCCGCGAGUUCAAGAAGAACACUCCAGAGGAUUUGCGCAAGCACGUAGCGCCGCUGCUGAAGAGCUUCCAGGGCGAGAUUGAUGCACUGAGUAAAAGAAGCAAAGAAGCCGAGGCAGCCUUCUUGAAUGUCUACAAAAGAUUGAUCGAUGUUCCAGAUCCCGUGCCUGCCCUGGACCUCGGGCAGCAGCUCCAGCUCAAAGUGCAGCGUCUGCACGACAUUGAAACAGAGAACCAGAAGCUUCGGGAAACUCUGGAAGAGUACAACAAGGAGUUUGCCGAAGUGAAAAAUCAAGAGGUUACGAUAAAAGCACUUAAAGAAAAAAUCCGAGAAUAUGAACAGACUCUGAAGAACCAAGCGGAGACUAUAGCUCUCGAAAAGGAACAGAAGUUACAAAAUGAUUUUGCGGAAAAGGAGCGAAAGCUGCAGGAGACGCAGAUGUCUACCACCUCAAAGCUGGAGGAAGCGGAACACAAAGUUCAAAGUCUGCAGACAGCCCUGGAAAAAACUCGAACAGAAUUAUUUGACCUGAAAACCAAAUACGAUGAAGAAAUUACUGCCAAGGCCGACGAAAUUGAAAUGAUCAUGACGGACCUUGAAAGAGCAAACCAGAGGGCAGAGGUGGCCCAGAGAGAGGCGGAGACUUUGAGGGAGCAGCUCUCGUCGGCCAACCACUCUCUCCAGCUGGCCUCGCAGAUCCAGAAGGCGCCGGACGUGGAGCAGGCCAUAGAGGUGCUGACCCGCUCCAGCCUGGAAGUUGAGUUGGCGGCUAAAGAGCGGGAGAUCGCGCAGCUGGUCGAGGACGUGCAGCGACUCCAGGCCAGCCUCACGAAGCUGCGGGAGAACUCGGCCAGCCAGAUCUCCCAGCUCGAGCAGCAGCUGAGCGCCAAGAACAGCACACUCAAACAACUGGAAGAAAAACUCAAAGGACAGGCUGACUAUGAAGAAGUGAAGAAAGAACUAAACAUUCUGAAGUCCAUGGAGUUCGCACCGUCCGAGGGCGCUGGGACACAGGACGCAUCCAAGCCCCUGGAGGUGCUGCUGCUGGAGAAGAACCGCUCGCUGCAGUCCGAGAACGCCGCGUUGCGCAUCUCCAACAGCGACCUGAGUGGGUCAGCCAGGAGAAAAGGGAAAGACCAGCCUGAGAGUCGGCGUCCUGGACCCUUGCCGGCCUCCCCUCCUCCUCAGUUGUCCCGCAACACGGGGGAGCAGGCUUCCAAUACUAAUGGUACACACCAGUUCUCACCAGCGGGGUUAACGCAAGACUUUUUCAGCUCAUCCCUGGCAAGCCCCAGCCUACCCCUGGCUUCUUCGGGAAAAUUUGCACUAAACUCCCUCCUCCAACGACAGCUCAUGCAGUCCUUCUACUCCAAGGCCAUACAGGAAGCAGGAAGCACAAGCAUGAUUUUUUCAACAGGUCCAUACAGCACAAACUCCAUAUCUUCCCAAAGUCCAUUACAACAGAGCCCAGAUGUAAAUGGCAUGGCCCCGUCUCCCAGCCAGUCAGAAAGCGCUGGGAGCGUCUCCGAGGGCGAGGAGAUAGACACGGCCGAAAUCGCCCGGCAGGUGAAGGAACAGUUGAUCAAGCACAAUAUCGGACAGCGCAUUUUCGGACACUAUGUCUUGGGACUGUCUCAAGGGUCCGUGAGCGAGAUUCUGGCCCGGCCCAAGCCGUGGAAUAAACUGACCGUUCGCGGCAAGGAGCCCUUUCACAAGAUGAAGCAGUUCCUCUCGGACGAGCAGAACAUCUUGGCUCUUCGCAGCAUCCAAGGCAGACAAAGAGAGAACCCAGGCCAGAGCCUGAACAGACUAUUUCAGGAAGUACCGAAACGAAGAAAUGGGUCCGAAGGUAACAUCACGACCCGGAUCCGAGCCUCCGAUUCCGGAUCCGACGAAGCAAUCAAGUCCAUCCUGGAACAAGCCAAAAGGGAGCUGCAGGUGCAGAAAACGGCAGAGCCGGCCCAGCCUUCGUCCACGGCCGGCAGCGGGAGCUCCGACGACGCCAUCCGCUCCAUCCUGCAGCAGGCCCGCCGCGAAAUGGAGGCCCAGCAGGCCGCCCUCGACCCCGCCUUAAAGCCCGCGCCACUGUCCCAGGCGGACCUCGCCAUCCUGACCCCCAAGUUGAUACCUUCCUCGCCCAUGUCGUCCGUGUCCAGCUACCCUCCGCUCGCCCUCUCCUUGAAGAAGCCCCCCUCCGCCCCCGAUGCCGGCGCCGCCGCUCUGCCCAACCCCCCGGCCCUCAAAAAGGAGUCCCAGGACGCACCCGGGCUGGACCUCCAGGGAGCGGCCGAGUCUGCCCAGGGGGUCCUGAGACACGUGAAGAGCGAGCUAGGCCGCGGCGGCGUGUGGAAGGACCACUGGUGGAGCCCCGUCCAGCCCGAGCGCAAGGGCACCGCGCCCCCCGAGGACACCAAGUCGGAAGACACGGGCGGCGCAAAGGAGAAAGGUGGCAGCAGCCAGCCGCGGGCCGAGCGCAGCCAGCUCCAGGGACCCUCGUCGUCGGAGUACUGGAAGGAGUGGCCCAGCGCCGAGUCGCCGUACUCCCAGAGCUCGGAGCUGAGCCUCACCGGGGCCAGCCGCAGCGAGACGCCCCAGAACAGCCCCCUGCCCUCCUCCCCGAUCGUGCCCAUGUCCAAGCCCGCCAAGCCCUCGGUGCCUCCGCUGACCCCGGAGCAGUACGAGAUCUACAUGUACCAGGAGGUGGACACCAUCGAGCUCACCCGGCAGGUGAAGGAGAAGCUGGCCAAGAACGGCAUCUGUCAGAGGAUCUUCGGGGAGAAGGUCCUAGGCCUGUCCCAGGGCAGCGUCAGUGACAUGCUGUCCCGGCCAAAGCCUUGGAGCAAGCUGACGCAGAAAGGCCGCGAACCCUUCAUCCGGAUGCAGCUGUGGCUCAACGGCGAGCUGGGCCAGGGUGUCCUGCCCGUGCAGGGACAGCAGCAAGGGCCAGUUCUCCAUUCUGUGACGUCACUACAGGACCCCCUGCAGCAGGGCUGUGUGAGCUCAGAAAGCACUCCAAAGACCUCCGCCAGCUGCAGCCCCGCCCCCGAGUCACCGCUGAGCUCCAGCGAGUCCGUGAAGAGUCUGACGGAGCUGGUCCAACAGCCCUGUCCCCCCAUCGAAGCGAGUAAGGAUGGCAAACCGCCAGAGCCCAGCGACCCUCCCGCCUCCGACUCCCAGCCCGCCACGCCGCUGCCUCUUUCCGGACACUCGGCCCUCAGCAUCCAAGAGCUGGUGGCCAUGUCUCCAGAGCUGGACACCUACGGCAUCACCAAGAGGGUCAAGGAGGUGCUGACGGACAACAAUCUCGGUCAACGCUUAUUUGGGGAGACCAUCUUAGGGCUCACCCAAGGCUCCGUCUCCGACCUCCUCGCUCGCCCAAAGCCCUGGCACAAGCUCAGUCUGAAGGGACGGGAGCCCUUUGUCCGGAUGCAGCUGUGGUUGAAUGACCCCAACAACGUGGAGAAGCUGAUGGACAUGAAGCGCAUGGAAAAGAAAGCGUACAUGAAGCGGCGACACAGCUCAGUCAGCGACAGCCAGCCCUGCGAGCCCCCCUCCGCAGGCAUUGACUACAGCCAGGGCGCCAGCCCCCAGCCCCAGCACCAGCUGAAGAAGCCCCGAGUGGUGCUGGCUCCGGAGGAGAAAGAAGCUCUGAAGCGAGCUUAUCAGCAAAAGCCAUACCCGUCACCAAAAACCAUCGAAGAACUCGCCACCCAGCUCAACUUGAAAACCAGCACCGUCAUCAACUGGUUCCACAAUUACAGGUCUCGGAUCCGCAGAGAACUGUUCAUUGAGGAGAUUCAGGCGGGGAGCCAGGGCCAGGCCGGGGCCAGCGACUCCCCGUCGGCCCGAAGCAGCCGGGCGGCGCCCAGCUCGGAGGGCGACAGCUGCGACGGCGUCGAAGCCGCCGAGGGCCCGGGCGCCGUGGACGCCGAGGAGCCGGGCGGCCCCGCGGCCGCCGCCAAGUCUCAGGGAGGGCCGGCCGAGGCCCCGGAGGAGCGGGAGGAGGCGCCGAGGCCGGCGGAGAAGGCGCAGCCGCCGCCCUCGGGGGCCCCGGCCCCGGACGACGCCGACGACGAGGGCCGGUCCCGGGCGCCCCCACCGCCCCCGCCGCCCCCGCCGCCACCACCGCCGCCGCCCGAGGGCCCCGCCGACGGCCCGGGGUCCGUGCCAAACCCCGCCAUCGCCGCCGCCGCCGCCGCCCCCGCGGCCGGGGAGGACGCCGCUACCUCAGCCGCCCCGCCGGCGGAGGGCCCCUGCCGGGCCCGGGACGGCGCCGACAGGAGUUCCGCUUUGCCAAGCACCAGCGCGCCGGCGGCCGCCCGCAGGGCCAGCUCGCUGCAGAGCCUCUUCGGCCUCCCGGAGGCCGCGGGCGCCAGGGACCCGCGAGACAACCCCUUGAGGAAGAAGAAGGCCGCGAACUUGAACAGCAUAAUCCACCGCCUGGAGAAGGCCGCCAGCCGGGAGGAGCCCAUCGAAUGGGAGUUCUGAGAGGG